CCCAAAAAAGGUCACUCACUCACUGCGCAAUAGACCAGCAAUUGGCAAAGCUCAGCUGCGUUUGCACUGUCGCGAAGGCCAGCACGGCUACGCAGACAACUGCAGCUUGGCACUGCGGGAGUCUCUACAGCAGCAAGCCCCACAGGGGGACUGAGAACCUGCAUCGAUAUAUCGAGCGCGCGGGAGCAAAACGUUAGCCAAUGGCACUCUUCGACGCGCCGUCGCCCGGCCUCGGCGACGAGGACGCGACGGUGCCGCAGAAAGCAACAACCCCGCUCAGCGACCCCGACCUCGUGGGCCGCGUGCUCGACUACGGCGACGACGCGGCCCUAUCAAAGGCCGCAACAGUGGCCAAGCCCUUCGCGCGGGCGGCGGCCUACGCGCAAAAGCACCGCCUCCUCGGCGUCGUGCCGCCCGGUCUGAGGGAGGACGCCGCGCGCGCGCUGCUUCCACAAAAGUGCGCGGCGGCGCGGCGGCGGGCGCGCGCGGGGCGCUUCGCGCGGAUUGAUUUAGGGGGCGACCGCCCCACCAAACGCUUCGGCCACUCGGCCGUGGCGUAUAGCGGCGGCCUCUGGGUCUUUGGCGGGCGGGACGGGGCGCGCUAUCACAGUGACGUCUGGCGUUUUGAUGUGACAACAACCGCGUGGCGUCUGGUGGACGUGGCCGGCCCGGCGCCGCGGCGCGCGCACACGGCGACGCUGCUGGGGGACGCCAUGGUUGUCGUGGGAGGAGGCGACGGCCGCGGCGCGCUCGGCGACGUCUGGCGCCUCGCACUGAACAACGAAGUGAAGUGGACGAAGGUCUGCGACGGCUUCUCAUCAACAAACAGCGACCGGCCGUGGCGCGCGUGGGGCCACUCGGCGGUGGGGUUGGAGGGCCGCGACGACGUCAUUGUUAUAUUCGGGGGCGCGUCGAACUCUGGCCAGGUCUUUAGGGCGACGAACGACGUCGAGCUGCUCCAGAUUACUGAUGAGAAGGGCGUUCGCGCUUUAGUGCACGCGGCCGAGGGCCAGCCGCCGCCGGCCGUCUACCGGCACUCGUGCACGCCUUUGGGUGGUGAUAGGUUCCUCGUGGCGGGGGGCUACACCUUUGCGCCGUCCAUCAGUAGCGAGGAGCUCGACGGCGGCCGCGGCAUCAGCCUCACGUACUGCACGGAACGCGCCUACGAGCUGCGUAUAGUGCGGGGCACCGUGCGCUGGGCGGAGCUCUCCUUCGCGGGCCCGGCGCCGUUCCCGCCGCGCGGCGGGCACGCGGCGUGCCGCGUCGCUCAUGAUACGGUCUUCGUCUGCGGCGGCGGGGUCAUGACGGCGUGGCUCCCGGAGGACGUCGACCGGCCGCGCGAGGAGGACGUCGACUCGUGCUACGUGCUGACGCGGACUGAUGAGACGGCGUGGCGCUGCGAGGCGGCGUGCUGUCGCAUGCCGCACGCCUGCGGCGGCCACACGGCCUGCGUCGGGGUCGUCGGCGUCGACGUCGGCGUCGUCGUCUUCGGCGGCCGCGCCUACGAUAACACAGCGGACGCGCACGCGGGCCGCGACGACAUGAGCGUCUUCUCGUUCUUGGAUGAGGACGUGGGGGGGUUUAGUAACUUGUCACUGUGAAUACA